AUGUCCUUACCUGAUAAAUUAGAAACUGUCAUUGCUGACAUCGAACAACAAUUCCUGAUCAAUGACGAAUUCAUCAUUAAAGCCACUGACACCUUUGUCGAAUCAAUGGAAAAAGGUUUGGCCUCUCCUAAACCAACCAGAGAAUAUAUGCCCAUGAUUCCAACUUAUGUCACCAGUAUCCCUAAUGGUAAAGAAAAAGGAAUCUUUUUAGCUGCUGAUUUAGGUGGUACUAAUUUUAGAGUAUGUUCAAUUGAUUUAAAAGGUGAUCAUACUUUUGAAUUAAAACAAUCAAAAUAUAAAAUCCCCGUUGAUGUUAUGAAAGCUACUGAAGCAGAAGAAUUGUUUAGUUAUUUAGCUAAGAAAGUUAAAGCUUUCUUGGAUGAACAUCAUCAAGGUAAUGCUGAUGGAAGUCAUUUGAAAUUGGGUUUUACUUUCUCAUUCCCAGUUGAUCAAACUGCUUUAAAUAGAGGUACUUUAUUAAGAUGGACCAAAGGGUUUUCAAUUGAAGAUGCGGUUGGAAAAGAUGUUGUUGAAUUGUUGCAAGCUAAUUUAGUCAUCUUGGGAGUUAAAGUUGAUGUAGUUGCUUUAGCUAAUGAUACUGUUGGUACUUUAUUAUCAAGAGCUUAUGUUAAUGAUCCUAAGGAAUCUAAUGCUAAUACUAUUAUUGGUUGUAUUUUUGGUACUGGUACCAAUGGUGCUUAUUAUGAAACCUUGGAAAACAUUCCUAAAUUAACCCCAGAUCAAAUCCCUAAAGGUGCUAAAGGGAUGGUUGUUAAUACUGAAUGGGGAUCAUUUGAUAAUACUUUAAAAGUAUUACCAAGUACUAAAUGGGAUGAAAUUGUUGAUCAAGAAACUGCUAAUCCAGGAUAUCAUUUAUUUGAAAAGAGAAUUAGUGGUAUGUUUAUUGGAGAAAUCUUAAGAGUUGCUUUAUAUGAUUUAUUUAAACAAGGAUUAAUUUUCCAAGAUUUAUAUAAACAAAGAGGUGGUUCAUUACCUCAUAGAAUCACUGAACCUUGGUUAUUAGAUGCUGAAAUCUUAUCAUAUAUUGAAAUUGAUGAUUCUACCGAAUUAAAGAUGUCAGGAUUAGUAUUACAAAAUCAUUUAAGAUUACCAACUACUCAUCAUGAAAGAAUUAUUAUUCAAAGAUUAACCAAGGUAAUUUCUCGUAGAGCUGCUUAUCUUUCUGCUAUUCCUUUGGCUGGUAUUACUAGAAAGGUUAAGGAUCAAUAUAAGGAUGAUGAUAAGGAUUUUGAAUUUGGUUGUGAUGGGUCCGUGGUUGAAUUUUAUCCAAAUUUUAAACAAACUAUCUUGGAAGCAGUUGCUGUUAUUGAUCCAUUAAAGGGAACUAAUAAGAAGAUUCAUUUGAAGAUUGCUAAAGAUGGUUCUGGUGUUGGUGCUGCCUUAUGUGCAAGUACCGUUUAG